AUGGCAGCUCCAGGAACACAGUCGCUCAAGUGCGUCGUCACUGGUGAUGGUGCUGUUGGCAAGACAUGCCUUCUCAUAUCCUAUACCACAAACGCAUUCCCUGGCGAAUACAUCCCUACGGUGUUCGAUAACUACUCGGCCAGCGUGAUGGUGGAUGGCAAGCCAAUUAGCUUGGGAUUGUGGGAUACGGCUGGACAAGAAGAUUACGAUCGACUGCGGCCCCUUUCAUAUCCCCAGACUGAUGUCUUCCUGAUCUGCUUCUCCAUCGUUAGCCCACCGUCGUUUGACAACGUCCGGGCCAAAUGGUUCCCAGAGAUUGACCACCACGCCCCCAACGUACCCAUCAUUCUUGUCGGGACCAAGUUAGAUUUACGAGAGGAUCCAGCUACCUUGGAUAGCUUGAGAUCAAAGAGAAUGGAACCCGUGUCCUACGACCAGGCCUUAAUUGUUGCAAAGGAAAUCCGAGCCCACAAGUACUUGGAAUGCUCGGCCCUCACCCAAAGAAAUUUGAAGAGCGUAUUCGACGAGGCGAUCCGGGCCGUCCUAAGCCCGCGACCACAGGUAGCCAAACAAAAGAAGGGAGGAAAGUGUACUAUCCUAUGA